AUGCAGAAGUUCGGCUGUCCCGAGCGAUUCAUUCCGAUGGUGCGUCAGCUGCACGACGGCAUGAUGGCGCCAGUCACGGACAACGGAGCUGUCUCGGAGGCAUUCGCAGUGACCAACGGAGUGAAGCAGGGAUCCGUGCUGGCGCCCACUCUCUUUAGUCUUAUGUUCUCUGCAAUGCUGAUGGAGGCCUACCGUGAUAAACGCCCGGGGAUCCGCACCGGGGAUGCACAUCCAAUCGCGCGUAUCCACUACCACCGUUCACGAACUUCUGUUUGCCAACGACUGCGUCCUGAAGACCGCCUUGGAAGAGGACAUGCAACGGAGCAUGGACCUCUUCUCCCCGCCUGCGAGAACUUCGGUCUGGUCAUCAACAGGCAGAAGACGGUGAUCAUGCAUCAACCGCCACCCAACACAGCCCUUCCCCCAACGCGCCGCAACUCAGCGUGAACGGAAUCCAACUGCAAGUGGUGGAGAACUCCCCGUACCUGGGCAGUACCCUCUCCCGCAGCACCGAAAUCGAUGACGAAAUCGCCCACAGGAUUCCGAAAGCCAGUCAAGCCUUCGGCUGCCUCCAAAGCACAGUUUGGAAUCGUCACGGUCCUCAACUGAGCACGAAGCUAAAGAUGUACAAGGCCGUCAUCCUGAAGACGCUGCUGUACGGAGGGGAGACUUGGACAGUGUACACGAAGCAGGCACGCCGACUCAACUACAUCCAUCUCAGCUGUCUUCGUCGCAUCCUGAGGCUGAGCUGGCAGGAUAGAAUCCCCGAUACUGAUGUGCUGGAGAGGAUGGGAAUCCUCAGCAUCUACACCAUGAUGAGACAAAUGCGUCUGCGUUGGAGCGGCCACCUGGUGCGCAUGGACGACGUGCGGCUACCCAAACGACUUUUCUACGGAGACGUCGUCGGAGGUUCUCGACGUCAUGGAGGCCAAAUUUGCCGAUACAAUGGUACUCUGAAGUCCUCCCUGAAACGUCUACACAUUAACCCGACCAAAUUGGAAGAUCUCGCCCACGACCGGCCGACCUGGAGGAGGACAGUGAAGACAGGCGCUGCGAUCUAUGAAGCCAACCGCAUCGCCGUCGACAAAGUCGAACGCAAAGCACGCAAAUCACAGCUGCGCCCACUCCGCAACGCCGCGCACAACCGCUUUCAACGUGUCCUCGGUGCCAACGGACAUUCCGGGCUCGAAGAGGACUUGUUGGACAUCUUCGGAUCAACUGCACCUCUCGGAUCGCACCAACCGUCUUCCCUCCACUCGCCUCCUCCUCGUCCUCUCCGUCCCCAACUAACUCGAACUGCUCUUCCGAACCACCACUUCCAUCCUCCCCCUUCUCCGGGCCAGGCGUUGGCGGCACGCCUAGGUGCGGCUUCGGCCGUGCCGGCCUCCAAAUCUCUGUUGUGUUGGUCAAAAUCCUGGUCAUUUGUUGCGUGGACCAGGGGGUGUACUGAAAAGCCAAGGUGA